AUGGCUACGACUCCACCCAACAAACUCUCUCUCUUCCCUCUAUUAUCGCUUCUCUGUUUCAUCUCCAUUUUCUUCCUUCUCUCUCUAUCAAAACGCGCUUCUCUCUCCUCUCCCACCACCCACCGCUCCGCCACCGUCUUCCCCCCGAGAUCCGACGCUUCCCGAACUGGUGUCUCCGCCGUUUGCGACUUCUCUGAUGGGUCCUGGAUCUACGACUCUAAUCCCAGAUCCGCUAGGUAUGAUAGUAGCUGUAAAGAGAUCUUCAAAGGAUGGAACUGCGUUCGUAACAACAAAACUAACGGCCUCGAGAUCUCCAAGUGGCGAUGGAAGCCUAAGGACUGUGAUCUUCCAUCUUUUGAUCCACUUAAAUUUCUCGAGACUCACCAAAAUACCAACAUCGGAUUUGUGGGUGAUUCCUUGAAUAGGAACAUGUUUGUAUCUCUGUUCUGCAUGUUAAAGACUGUGACGGGUGAUUUGAAGAAGUGGCGUCCAGCUGGUGCAGAUCGUGGAUUCACAUUUUUGCAAUAUAAUCUUACCAUUGCGUAUCAUCGAACAAAUCUCUUGGCACGUCAUGGUAGGUGGUCAGCUAAUGCUAAUGGUGGUGAGUUAGAAGCUCUUGGAUUUAAAGAGGGCUAUAGAGUUGAUGUUGAUAUACCUGAAAGCUCAUGGGCAAAGGCUCCAAACUUCCAUGACAUUCUUGUUUUGAACACUGGGCAUUGGUGGUGGGCGCCAUCAAAAUUUGAUCCUUUAAAUUCUCCUAUGCUUUUCUUUGAAGGCGGCCGGCCAACACUUCCUCCUAUACCUCCUGCUGCUGGCCUGGAUCGGGUUCUGAGCAAUAUGGUAAAUUUUAUGGAGAAAACAAAGCGACCGGGGGGGAUCAUAUUCUUCCGGACACAAUCACCCAGGCAUUUUGAAGGAGGUGAUUGGGACCAAGGUGGUACUUGUCAACGACUGCAACCUUUGUUACCUGCAGAAGUUGAAGAAUUGUUCUCGGUGAGGAACAACGGAACAAAUGUAGAGGUUCGAUUGGUGAAUCAACACCUGCAUAAUUCGCUUAAGAGUAGAAGCGCCUUCCACGUUUUGGACAUAACUCGAAUGAGCGAGUACAGAGCUGAUGCUCAUCCGGCAGCUGCUGGUGGAAAGAAUCACGAUGACUGCAUGCAUUGGUGCCUCCCUGGCCUUACAGACACUUGGAACGAUUUAUUCGUCGCAACUCUUUAUACGAUUAGAGGUUUGUAA